CCUAACACUGAGAUAAGUAUAGAUAAGAUCAAAUAAGUUGAAGACCAUUAUCCUGUUAUAGUGAAGCAGCUUUUGAUUUAGCCACAGGUUUCACAAUGUUUCCAUAACAGCAUAAACUGAGCCACAUCACGAUGAAGAUAAAACAUGAAGUCAGUGAGACGAUCACAACUAUGUAAGGCAUCCCUGGUUCCAUUGAGUGUAGGCCUACUCAUCGUCCUGCUUAAUCUGGGUGUUCAAAGCACUGAGAGGGAUGUGAGCCCCGCUGUCCUUGCUAAAAUCAUCAAGUAUUUUGUUGACAAAGUCCAGCCAAAAACCAAGGACCAAAGAGAUGCUCAGUAUGCAAUAGCAAUCUCUGUUCCACGUGCUCAGUGUACAGACGGACAUGCUGAUAUCCAGAAAGUGUUCAGCAAUAAAGAUGCAAGACAUGUAAAAGAUGAGCUCAGUAAAGGACAGAAAUGUUUACUCUGUACAGACUCACGCAAUGUCAUUGCUGCAAGGCCAAAUCGUACCACAAAGGAACAUUCUGAGCAUGUUCUGCUCUAUCCUUUAGGUGGAUCUCCCAUGGACAAACUUCUAGAGCAGGCAGAUCAGAAUAGCUGUGUAGCUUUCUAUUCCUACAACUCACCUUGUGUGAAAACAUGCAUUAAAGGGGAAGACAAUAUUUUGAAUGGCCUUUCAAACUGGAUAAAUACAAGAAAAGAGGGAAUGAAUGCAUUGGUCUUCGAAGAGAUCUGGCACAAGGACAGAAAAAAGGAUCUGCCAGCAGAAUUUCUAAAGAUUAAUGAGGUAGUGCCUCUUUAUCGGUGUAAGAGAACCAGUAAUGGAAUGGAAUGUCGGAAAUGUGUGGAAAAUAACAAUAUGGAUACUUUCUGUCUGCCUGAAUAG